AUGGGAGAGAUGGGAGGAAUGGGAGGUGUCAGUGGUAUUCGGAAGGGUUUAGACGGGGAAGGCGAGGAGAAGGAGGGGCAGGGGGAGUUUAAGGAGACGGAAGGUGAUGCUGCGGACGAGGAGGAGAAGAGUGCAGGGUACCAUGCAGAGGCUCUGGAGAGUCUAUGGUCAGUGGUGCAGCAUGUACCUGAGGGCAGUGCGCGUGUGCUGCCUACCAUGCUCUCCUGGCAUGCCCACCACCAUGCCGCCCACCAUGCCGCCCACCAUGCCCACCACCAUGCCGCCCACCAUGCAGACGGGCAUGGCCGGCCACUGCCUAAGGAGCUCCUGCUCGCACUGAUUGCCCGGCUCAAGGAGCGGCUUCGGCUUGUGCAUGCGUUUGAGGUGGCAGAGCAUGUGGUGCGCAGCCCGCACUACUGGCUGGGCAAGGACGACUGGAGGCUGCUGCUGGAUGUGUGCGUGCGGGCAGGCCGCAUCACCCGGGCAGAAGAAAUGUUCGCGCUGCUGCCCAGGCACCUGCAAACAGAGGAGGUAUACAUGGGCAUUCUCCACAACUACGCGCGGCAGGGAUUGGUGCGGCGGGUGGAGUCGCGCAUGGUGAUGCUGCGGGCGCUGGGCGUGCGGGAGAGCGCGCUGGGGUUUGAGGCGCGCAUGCUGGCAUCCGGCGUGCGGGGCUUGCUGGGAGAUGUGGAGCGCGUUGCACGCGAGAUGGCAAGAAAGGGCAUCCCCCCAUCCCCAACGGCCUACGAGCAUCUCAUGCAGGCCUACGCGCGGCGCCGCCACCUCCCAUCCAUCCGCUCCCUCCUGCGCUGCCUCUCCCACUCGCCCCUCCCCCCCUCCCUCCCCACGCUCACCGCGGCUGCCUGGGCGUUCUUCUCCAGGGGGCGAGUGGGGGAGGCGGAGGGGGUGGUGGGGCAGAUGCGGAAGCUGCAGGGGGAGAAGGGGGAGGGGUUGCCGGUGGCGGUGCUAGUGGGGCUGGCGUGGGCGUAUGCGUGGAUAGGGGAUGUGCGGCGGGUGGAAGAGGUGGUGGGGGAGGUGCAAGGAGUCAGGGCACGUGAGCUCAGGAUACUGCACAUGGCUAGAAUCUACGGCAAUGCGAUUGCUGGCCAAGUGGAAGACGCCGAGAAGGCCUUCACAGCGAUGCAGCAAGCAGGCCACGCACCUACAACCGCAGCCUACAACUGCCUACUCCUCGCAUACACCCGCUCCCACCACAUGCACGACGCACUCUCCCUCCUCACCACCAUGCGCUCCUCGCACAUGCUCCCCGACGCCACCACCUACCACCACCUCAUAACGGGCGCACUCUAUAACGAGGAUACAGACGGGGCUAGGUUGGCAGAGGCAGGGGAGAUGGAGAGGGUGGAAAGAGUGGUGAGUGAGGUGGGCAGGGGCAUGUAUGCAAUGGAUGCUGGGAUGUACAAUCUGGUUCUAAGGGCUGUGUUGCGUGGAGCCAGGCGGGGGCAAGUGGGGAAGGGAGUGGGAGAGGCGGGGCAUGGAAGGCGCGGGGUGGAGGGAGGAGCGGAUAAGGGGAGUGAGGUGGUGCAAGAGGAAGACUCUAAGGAAGAUGGAGAUGAUGGGGGUGAUUCCUGUGGUGGCAGUGAAGGUGUUGUUGUGACGGAGGAUGUUGGGGUGGAGGAGGAUGGGUAUGAGCGGCGAGUGGAGGAGGGGGCUCGACGAGUGUUGAGAUUGUUGCGAGCGUCGAGAAUACGGCCGAACGUGCAAACGCGAAUCAUUUUGGCAAAUGCUGGGUUAGUGAGACUACUUGAAGAGGAGGGGCUUUCUGGCACACUGCCACGAUGA